GCUCGAAUCGCUGGCUGGCUGGCUGGACUUCCGCCGCUGCACAUCAACCACUUCAACUUGAUCAUGAGAACGACGCAGAAGGUGGCUGCUGUUGCCGCAACAACAGGUGCAGCAGCACUGGCUGCUGCUGAUGUUGCUGGCUGGGCAGUGCGGGUGCUUGGUUUGGUGCUUCUGUGCUGCGGGCAGUGCCAAGCGGCAGUCAGGGUGGCGAAAAACUUGGCGGUGGACCUGUUGGAGAUGGAGACCACCUCCGAUUUUGCAGUGGCAUCGUUGCUGGUGUUCGCUGGCUACACGCUGCAGUACGUCGGCUCUGCGGGCCUGUUUGAGCUCACGCAUCCGUUUGGGGCCAUGUCGGCAUCCUUGAGUGCCAAGCAGCGUGCUCAGCGCCGAGAGCAGGUCCGCAAGGAGCUCCUCCUCGGCGUCGGCGCCAUGAUCGCCAACAUCAGCGUCACCAUGAUCUGGAUGCGCUACAUUGAGCCACUGGUCUGGACCUACGGCUACUUUGACCGCCACGCCUUCUCCUUCACCUGGUUCCUCCUCUCCAUCCCCAUCUACAUGUUCAUCUUUGACGCCUGGUUCUACUGGACGCACCGCUGGCUGCACGACAUUCCGUUUCUGUGGGACCACGUGCAUCGCAUCCACCACCAAUUCAAGGAGCCGUCUGCGUUUGCACAGGACGCUGUCCACCCCUUCGAGGCCAUCUUGCAAGGGCCGCUGGGCCACUACCUCCCCACGCUGUUCUUCCCCAUCCACCCGAUAGCGCACGCGGCGUUUGGGUUUCUCAGCUCCGUCUUUGCCGUCGCUGCACACGAUGGCCGGCAGUGGGACAUCAACGACCACUACUACCACCACUGUGCCGGAAAGGGGCGCAAGAACUCGUUCAACUACAGCCUCUACUGGCCCUUGUGGGACGUGUGGUGCAACACCAGGUACGAUGGUCCUGUUAUGGACAGGCACGCCCUCUUGAAGCGCCUCCAAUAAUAGCUGCCACGCCAGACGUCUCCUUCUUGUUCCUGCUCGCUCUUUACAUGCAGCCGUGGUCACGUGUGUUCUUCUUGUCUUCUCAGUUACGCAGGGUUUGAGUGUGCGGUUGUGUUUCAGGGUGCCACAGCUGUGCCGUGCGGCUUCUGUUUUCGUCGACAGUGCGUAUGCGUCCACCGUGAUGCCUCCAUCCCUUGCCCUUUCUUCCAACUUGCUUUAAGUUUGAGUUACAUUUGGUUUAUUGCCUGGACUGUUGUCCCACCAACAAGAGUUGUGAUCAUGAUUCACAAGCGACAAACCCCAA